CCACAGAGCGACCAGUUCACCGGAAACCGAAAGAAGAAGAAGAAUGGAAGUCGAUCCCAAACAAACCCGCCGGUCUUCCACAUGUGAUCGAGCUGCGGGCCUAACACGGCGUCUCUGCGGCCUCAGUCGCCGCUUUUCCCGGGACCAUGGACGACGAACACACGGCCAGCUUCACAGAGGCGUGUGGUCAGUGCUCUGCGGUGAACUGGGGGAUUUCAGAUGAAGGUCGUUUCUACUGCAGAUCGUGUCACAACGUCAUCGAGAGAACCAAAGAGGUGGAGGACACCUACGUCGACCGCGGCUCCAUCAGAGUCUCCACCCUCAGCAGAGGAUCCAGAACCAAGAGAUCAGAGUGCGGUCGUCAGUGGAUGAUCUGUGAAGGUUUUCAGUUCAUCCUGAAGAACCAGGCAGACGCUCUGAUCGCACUCGGAGUCUCUUCUCACUUUAAAGACCAGGUGUUGUGUCAGCUGUGGAGACUUUACCUGCAGAGGAGCAGACAGGCGUUCACCAGGAACCCAGUGAGGAGCGUCGCCUUUAAAAUGCGACGCCCAGGUUCCGACUCGGAGAGCGCGGGUGAGUCAUGGGCCGCCUCCGCCAGUGAGACAGACGGAGACACCAAUUUGUCCAACGCAGAGGACAGCAGCGAUUGGCCGCAGUUGUCGGGUUCGGCCGACGCCCUCACUUACAUUUCGUCGCCCAGGAGGCGGAGCCACAGGCUGAUGAGCAUGAGGAAGACACUGGCGCUGAUUCACGUCGCGCUGACGUGGAGUCGUGAGUCGCUGACGCUCAGCGAUCUGCUGAGGCUGGUGAAUGAAGGUCACGUCCCGUUCGUUGACGCCUACGAUGACCUUCCUGCAGAAAUGAGUCUUUCAGGCAAAGACGCUUUGAUCUUCAGAGUCGAGAGUGUCCCGUCCCAUCGCGUGGUGCACAGCGAGGCCCAGGCUCUGGUUCUUUACCUGCAGCUGAAAUCUUUUCCUCCAAUCAGCCGUCAGUGUUUGCUGCACCCGGCACUGCUCAGCCUGCGCUACCUGACCGACGCUAACCUGCCCGAUAAGCUCCACCCGUGGCUCUGCAGGCUGAUGGACUGCGCUGGUUUAACAGAUCAAACGUUCUUCACCUUUGAUCCGUUGUCGUUUCCCUUCCUGCCGCAGUUUGACGUCCAAACAGCUGCGAUCAUCAUCGUCACCAUGAAGCUCAUGUUUGGUCUGGACGACCACACAGAGUGGGAUCUAUGUAACGUCGCUGGAGUUAAAGACGACCAUGAUCCUGAUCCUGAUCCUGAUCCAGAGGCGGAGUUUAACCUGAGGAGGUGGUACAGAGUGACGCACGCCGCUCUGACCCGAGCUCAGCAGAGCAGAGAGUGUCACGACGUCGCCAGGAAACAGUGGAAGACAAAGAAACCUCUGUUCCCAAGCAAGAGGAUGAAAGCUGUCAUGGUGAAAAGGAAACGAACAGCAGAGCUGGUCCACAGGUGUUUCCACAAACUCUCCUGUCCCUCUGUCCAGCGCCGCGGUCCAUCCACCUUCAGGUUCUGCUGGGGGGACGAGGACGGAGUGGACGGACCCAGUCUGCACCACAAGAAGCUGAGCGCCGUACUGAGCCUGAAAGACCACGCCCUCACGCCGCUGAACACCGCCUACUGGCACCCGCCGCUGACCUCCUGUAACCCCCGUGAGUGCGUCACUCACUUCUCAGAGAUGGAGGCGGAGCUUCCGAGGUCGUUCAUGUGGCUGCUGCAGCUGUUCUCCUUCCUGCUCGACGUGAAGCCUGACUGUCUGUACGAGGCCGUGCUGAAGGUGGAGAGACGCAUCCUCGCCACCGGGACCAGGUCCGGGAGAGAAAGGAGAUGAAGCAGAAGCUUCAGGUGAAUCGUGUGAACGCUGGAGACCACAGGUCUCAAACUCACGGACCACGGACCACAUCCGGGCCGCCACCUCAAUUUACAGUUAUGACUUCUGUAUGUAUAAAUGCUUUUAUUUUGAAAUCAUGUUAGAAAUCAUGUUAUCAACAGCAGACUCUUUGGAUGCUUAGCUCUGAGCUCAGACACUUACAGCAAUAAAUAAAAAUAAAAUCUGUUUAAAAAGA